AAGGACAAACAUAAGAUGAAGCGGCACUGUGCCCUAAAACAUGGUAUUUUUAAGGAAUUCUUAGCAGAAUUCCUUGGAACAUUUGUGCUUGUGCUGUUUGGCUGUGGCUCUGUGGCCCAGACGGUCCUGAGUCGGAACACCCUGGGGGAAUCUCUAACCAUUCACAUUGGUUUCUCCACUGGGCUGAUGAUGGGAGUGUAUGUGGCUGGAGGGGUGUCAGGUGGCCAUUUGAAUCCUGCGGUGUCUCUAGCCAUGGUCCUCUUGGGGAAACUUAAGAUCUAUAAAUUUCCCAUCUAUGUCAUCGCCCAGUUCCUGGGGGCCUUUGCAGGGGCUGCUGCUGUCUUCGGCCUUUAUUAUAAUGCAUUCAUGGAGUUCACCAGUGGAAUACUAUCAGUCACAGGGAUCAAUGCCACUGGUCACAUUUUUGCAUCUUAUCCUGGAAGGCACCUAACUGUCCUCGGUGGAUUUAUAGACCAGGUGAUUGGAACGGGCAUGCUAGUACUUUGUAUCCUGGCCAUCAUUGAUGGGAAGAAUAUUGGUGCUCCCAGAGGAAUGGAGCCCCUGGCCAUUGGCCUGAUCAUCCUGGCCAUCAGCGUGUCUAUGGGACUGAACUGUGGCUAUCCAAUCAACCCUGCUCGAGACUUAGGACCAAGGCUCUUCACUGCCGUGGCUGGCUGGGGAAUGGAGGUGUUCAGCACUGCAAACUACUGGUGGUGGAUCCCAGUAGCUGGGCCUAUGGUGGGGGGUGUUGCUGGGGCUGUGGUCUACUUCCUCCUGAUUGAGCUACAUCACCCGAGCCCUGAGAAGCCCAAAGAAGAGACUGAGGAGGAAGAAGAGGAAGAAGAGGAGGACGAGGACAGCAGCUUGAAGGACAAAUAUGAGAUGAUUACUAUGAGCUAAAGGAUGAAAUUCUGCCAGCAGACUGUGUGAAAUGUCUGUGUGUGAAAGCAGCAUCGCUACAAUUUAACCCAAGGGGAAUGAAAGUCUCAUUUUCCCUCUCAGACCACACUUUUCUGCCAAAUGUUAUUCUUCUGCCUCUUUGAGAUGCUAUUUAUUUUUGUCUCUCUGUUUAGGACUAAUUAUUUUUCAGGAAGUGGUCUAAGACGGGUCGAGACAAGGGAUUAAACAAAGACCAUUAAAACAACGUGUGACAGAUUUUGCAAACAAUAAAGCUGGUUAUUACUUUCUCCUGGGAUGUCCAUGCUCAUUUUUAUGACCAUGGGAGCAGAUUAGUCAACAGGCUACGAUGUACAACAUCAAAAGAGAGCCCUGAGAAAAAUGUCUAAUGUUAUUUCAAACCCAUACGUGUUUUUCUUAAACCUGUACAUCUCCAACGUCC